AUGGUUUUGGAGUGUCACCCACGCCUUGCUUGUAAGUGCAGAUGGCUUGAGUGUCCCCGGGGAUGUGCUGCGGGGUGCCCCCAGCACAGGGGAGGGAGCAUGGGCACUGAGCUGGAGCCUCACGCCGAGAUGGCAAGCGCCCACGGGGCAGAGCCCGAUGCUGAGGAUGCAGCCGAGACCGAAGAGGCCAUCUACGAGGAGGUAAUGCCCUGCAACAGGAUGGAGCUGAGCCAGCGGCUGGCCGUGGAGGAGCUCAUCACCACUGAGGCCAGCUACGUCCACAACAUCCAGCUCUGCGUGUCGGACAUCCGGGCACACCUCCAGAAGAAGCAGCUGCCUGAUCUUGACCUGGAAGGACUCUUCUCUAACACCGAUGACAUCCUUCACAUCUCCAGACAGUUCCUGAAGGGUCUCGAGGCCACGGCUACCCAGGAGCACGAGCAGCUGCUCUGCAUCAGUGCCCUGUUCCAGGAGUUCAAGGAGGAAAUGGAGACUGUCUACAAGAUCUACUGUGCCAGCUACGAGCAUGCCCUCCUGCUGGUGGAGAGCUACCGCAAGGACCCCAGGCUGCAGGAGGAGAUCUUGGAGACCCUGAGUGCGACAGUGCCUCACACGGGCGCAUCAGACCUCAGCUUCUUCCUGGUGAUGCCAGUGCAGAGGGUCACCAAAUACCCGCUGCUGCUGGGGAAGAUCCUGGAGAACACCCCCGCCAGCGCCAGUGCCUACCCAGCCCUGCAGGCAGCCGUCCGCGCCAUGGCCCAGGUCAACGCCAACAUCAACGAGUACAAACGGCGCAGAGAAGUAGCAACCAAAUACAACAAGGCCGAGCACCUGACGCUGCGGGACCGCUUCGCACGCCUCAACACGCACUCCAUCGCCAAGAAGACCACGCGACUGAGCCGGCUCUUCAUGCACGAGGCCGGCAUCGUGGCCAAGAUGGAGGACAAGGAGUACGACAGCCUGGAGGAGAAGUUCCAGUGCGUGGCGUCCAGUGUGGCUGUGCUGAAGGAGAAUGUGGCGUCCUACCUGGGCCAUUUAGAGUCCCCUCUUGUGCCAACGCUCCCAGGGCAGCACAGCAUUCCUAUUGAUGAGGGACCUGCCCAGCAGUACCGCCGCUUCGCAGAGUACCUCCAUUGCACUGUUUUUCCAGAGUUUAAGCGACGGCUGGACAGGCUGGCCCCCCAACCCCUCUGCAGCCUCUCAAGCGAGAUGGGCAGCGUGACAUACGACGAGGAGGCAGCCAUGAACACCUACCUUGCCAUCAAUGCCCUGCUCGUAGCCGAGCUCCCACGGUUCAACCAGGUGGCUCUGCAGCUCUUGGGGCAGAUACUGUGCUCCCUCAGCGCCCUGCAACAUGAGUUGGCUGCCCAGGUCCUGCACCAGGCAGAAAAGGAGCUAGAGCAGAUGCCCCAUGGCCGUGUGCCUCUGCCCAGUUUCUGGAAGAUGGUGGAAGACACCUUGCAGCAGUCUGGUGCUCAGCUGCGUAGCUUCUGCCAGACGUUUGAGAUGGUCACACCGAGCCCUGUAACACAGCCUCUGAACCCUGCGGAGGAGCGGAAGGUCCUCUCCCUUGUGAGCAAGCACGGCCCAGACAAACUUUACCAAGUGACAAGCAACAUCAGUGGCAGCAAAGACUUGGACCUGACCUUGCAAAAGGGACAGAUUGUAGCUCUGCUGCAAAGUGUGGACACUAAGGGGAACACGAACAGAUGGCUGGUGGAUGCUGGAGGUCCCCGAGGGUUUGUGCCUGCUGGAAAACUCCAGCCCUAUUGCCCGGUACAAAGCCAGCAGCCUGGGAUGCAGAUGCCAGCCCUGGAGAGCAGCACAGAGAGAAGACGACAUUCGUGUGUGUCACCUGAAGCUCCCGGGCCCCAGGUGGCCACCUUCACCCCAGCUUUCCAGGUGGUCGCUGGCUUCUCCUUCGCAGCCAGGAGUCCGCAGGAGGUGAACCUCCAGGCAGGGCAGCCCGUGGUGGUGCUGGAGCCGCACGACAAGAAGGGGAGCAAGGAGUGGAGCCUGGUGGAUGUGAAUGGCCAGAGGGGCUAUGUGCCCUCCAGCUACCUGGUGACCGUCCCUGUGCAGAAGCCCAUGGGCUGGAGCUUGCCCGUGUGA